CGCGUCGAGCAGGGGGAGACACAUCUUCGAUUCUUGCAUAAAUAAACAUCAAGUGAACCCGCAUCAUUUCCCAGUAGCACAACUCCCGCUUGGUUGUCGCCUACGCCGAUCGUGCGUGGCCCCGCAACUCUUCCGCAACUUCGCAACUCGUCUGUGUCAAAAUGAAAUUUUUUAAUAUAUCGCUAAUCUUCUUGGUGGUGUUGUCACUUUUUCACCUAACCUACAGUCAAGAAAGUGACGUGAAUGAUGUAGAACAAAUCUCCACAGAAGAAGAAACACCAAAAAGGACCACUAAAAGAGGUAUCUACGGAGGAUACGGAUAUGGGUUUGGGUAUCCAUUCUAUGGUGGAUACUAUGGAGGAUAUGGAGGAUACGGAGGAUACGGAGGAUAUGGAGGCUUUUACGGCUACCCCAGAUACGGUUAUGGAGGGUACUAUCCGUACCACCUUGGAUAUGGAUAUGGAGGGUAUGGAGGUUACGGAUACUUCCGUUAGUAGAAGAAUGAUUCUUAGAAUUAAUAUUGCUUGUGCAAUAAGUUAAAUAUAAGUCAAAAUUUGUGAGGAGUGAGGAUCCUGUUGUAAGGUUUAACGAGGAUGAAGUAUAGGCACUUAAGAAUGUAGCUCAAGGCUGAAAUCAACCAAUCUUCUGUAGCUCACUCAUCUGUACUGUUUCUCAUUGCAACCCUUAGGGUUUCCAAUGACAAACACAUAAAAACAUGAGACCAAACUAUGUUCAGGCUGAAGUAUUCGAAUGUAUGGUGUAUCUGAAUGUACUUUAUUCUUGAGUGAUUAUCGUUUUCAUUACCCAGUUUAAACAAGAGAAUAUCGAGAUGAAUGCUCUAUGUUCUACGGUAAUUAUGAAUUUUUUAUUAGACUCACCUACAAAGACGGAUAUUAUACAACUGGUUGUACUUAAGGUUCUAAGCUCAGCGUUAAGUGUUAGUGUAUUAAGCUCAAUUACGUAAUUUUACCAAAGAUGACUCCAAAGAUAUAUAAUUAAUCAAAAUCAAUGUAAAGUAAGUACUAUAAGUCGGAAGACAGUUAAAAAUAAACCGUUUUGUAAUAACACAUUCAAG